AAGAAAUGGGCCAUUUCACAAGGAAUUCAAGAAAGUGAAUUUUUUCCUUCAUCAGUUUUGCAAAUUUCAAUUUAUUUAGCGUGUUUAACACAACAAUCCAAUUCUCCUGCUCCUGUUAUUGAGGCUUUUUACGCAAUCAAAUGGGCACAUGAAAUUGCCGGGUGUCCGUCCCCAACUGAUAAUCGAUUUGUGAUUAACAUCUUAGAGGGAUCUAAACGUUCUUUAUCCAAGCCGGUAUCAAAGAAAGAACCCAUAACAGUCGAUAUGCUGAGGAAAAUUGAUCAUGUGGAAAUUUUCAUUGAGUCCAGCAAAACGGAUGUAUACAGAGACGGAACUAGAGUUGUUAUAGCGAAAGUGUGUUCGGAUUUGUGUCCAGUCAGUAAUUUUGAAUUAUAUCUCAAAUUAGCAGGCAUUCCAGAUGAUUCACAGGAUUAUGUAUUUGUUGCUGUUUCUAAAUGUGACAGUGGUUAUAAGAUUAGAGAUCGUGGUAAACCUCUUUCGUAUACAAGAGUUCGGGAGAUUUUUCUUGAAGCGUUCACUGGCAUUGUUGAUGACAUUAAAGCGUAUGGAUUACACAGUUUGCGAUCUGGUGGAGCUACGGCUUCCGUCAUUCGUGGGAUUCCGGAUAGGCUUUUUAAGAGACAUGGACGAUGGCGGUCGGAAUCGGCGAAAGACGGGUAUGUGAAGGAUCCACUCACAGAGCGCCUAAGUGUUUCUAAAAAUCUUGGACUAUAAUGAUUUUGUGUUUGUUAUUAAUAUUAUAAAUAAUUAUUAUUAUAUUUUUGUAUGUAUAAAUAAAAUUUUCAUAGUUGGAUUCAUUUAAUAUUCAUUUUUCAGUUUAUUUUCCCGUUCUUUGUUUUUAUAGCUGCUGCGUGUCGUUGCUAGUCCAUUUAAUGUGUUAUGUUAUUUAUCUUAUUACUGAUUUGGUAUCAGGAAUGAAUGGGUUUUAAAGGAGAAAUGUGAUUUCUUUCGUUUGAGGAACGAAUUAGACAGAAAUCAAUUUCUACUUGGUAAUAAUAAUGAGUGGAUUAUUCCGGAUAUUUAAAGUUUUCAAUUCGAAUACCUGUUCAGGUAUGUUCAGUCAUGCGGUUCUAUAGAACCGGUUUUUCAAGAUAUAGUGAGUUAAAGCCAGUUUAGGACGACACGUAGAGCUGAGAACACGGUUUAAAUUUGAAUGAAUGAAUCCAACUUAUAUUUAUAUUGUGUAUCUUAAUAAUAUGUAUAUUAUUAAUAUAUUAAAGCUGCUGCGUGUCGUUGCUAGUCC